GAAUUACCGGUCUGGAAGCUCAGCCAAGUGAACAAGCCUUGCGAAGUCCAGGUAUAAAAGCAAGACGGCGCCUCGCAGCUCACCAGAGACAACUGCUUCUCCGCCUUGCCUCACUCACUCCCUCACUCGACGCCAUGCGAGCACUGACCCUCCUGCUGGUGGUGGCCGUGGCCCUGACUGCCCUUGUGAUGGUGCAGGCCAUGCCAGAACCCAUCCCGGACCCGGAUCCCGAGGCCUUCCCUGACCCAGAGGCCUUCCCUGACCCAGAGGCCUUCCCUGGUAGGCGCUAUGGCGGCCGCUACGGUAGCCACGGACAUAGAUACAGCAGCCAUCGCCACUACCGCCCUCACCGUCGCCCACACAGCCACGUUCACUACACCACCUACCACUGACGAUCACACGAGACUGAACAGGACACAGGAAUAAAGAAUCAUGGAAUUAUUGAGGACUUUCCUACAUCACACCAACUUCCAGCACCGUCACUCUCUGCUACGUCUUCACCUCCUCCACAACUUCUCUUCAACAUGAUCCUAUGAACCACAAAAAAAAAAAAUAAAUAAAUAAAUAAUAAACUGAA